AUGAACGGCAAUACCGCAUCGCCGCGCUCCAAGCGCAAGGCCCCCACGAGCCCCGAGGGCUUGCGACCAAACAAGCAGCACCGCGCCUUGAAUGGCAAGCUUUCCGCCGGCGACAAUACACCUGAAGUUGAGCUCGAGCAUGCUUCUUUCGUUGAGGAGGACGAAUCUGGACUGGAGGAAAGUGCCAUGCUGAACAGCAUGCUGAGUAUCGCCCAGGAGCCCGAGGUGUGGCAGAAGACCAUUGAGAACGUUGUCAGCAACGUCGUCUCUAUCCGCUUCUGCCAGACUUGCUCUUUCGACACAGACCCGGCGUUGACCAGCGAGGCGACUGGCUUUGUGGUGGAUGCUCAGAAAGGAUACAUUCUUACGAACCGACACGUCGUUGGAUCCGGUCCCUUCUGGGGUUACGUAGUCUUCGACAACCACGAAGAGGUCGAUGCCUACCCCGUCUACCGCGACCCUGUUCACGACUUCGGUAUCCUGCGAUUCGAUCCCAAGGCUGUCAAGUACAUGAAGCUGAACGCCCUGCAGCUCCGGCCAGACCUUGCCAAGGUGGGUGUCGAGAUCAGAGUGGUUGGUAACGAUGCCGGAGAGAAGCUCAGUAUCUUGUCCGGCUUCAUCAGCCGUCUUGAUCGCAACGCGCCCGAGUACGGCGAUGGCUACAGCGAUUUCAACACGUGCUACUACCAAGCCAACGCCGCCGCCAGUGGUGGUAGUUCGGGCAGUCCAGUCGUCAACAUCGAUGGCUAUGCCGUGGCCCUGCAAGCUGGUGGGCGUUCCGACGGUGCUUCAACAGACUAUUUCCUCCCUCUCGACCGGCCAUUGAGAGCCCUGCAAUGUGUCCAGCAAGGCAAGCCCAUCACAAGAGGUGACAUCCAGUGCCAGUUCCUCCUCAAGCCUUUCGACGAGUGCAGGCGUCUUGGUCUUACCCCGGAAUGGGAGGCCGCCGCUCGUAAGGCUUUUCCCAAAGAGAACAACAUGCUUGUCGCGGAAAUCGUACUUCCUAAGGGCCAGUCGGACCAGAAGAUUGAGGAAGGCGAUAUUCUCAUCAAGGUGAACGGAGAGAUGGUGACGCAGUUCAUUCGCUUGGAUGACCUUCUCGACUCAAGUGUUGGCAAGACAAUUCACCUCCAGCUCCAGCGAGGUGGCGAGGACAUCGAGGUUGAGAUUGAGGUUGGUGAUCUGCACAAGAUCACUCCCGACCGUUUCGUGUCUGUCGCCGGCGCCUCUUUCCACAGCUUGUCAUACCAGCAAGCUCGCCUCUACGGCGUGGCCUGCCAGGGAGUCUUCGUCUGCGAGGCUACUGGCUCUUUCAGGUUCGACAACGCUGACAACGGCUGGCUUAUUCAGAGCGUGGACCAUAAGAAAACGCCUGACUUGGAGACCUUCAUCGACGUCAUGAAGACUAUCCCGGACAAGUCUAGAGUGGUUGUCACAUACAAACAUCUGCGUGACUUGCACACUCUCAACACAACUGUCAUCUAUGUCGACAGGCACUGGUCAGCCAAGAUGAAGAUGGCUGUCAGAAACGAUGAGACGGGUCUGUGGGACUUCUCCGACUUGGCGGAUCCUCUUCCUCCCGUGCCCCCUGUCCCGCGCUCUGCGUCCUUCAUUGAGCUAGAGAACGUGAAGCAUCCAGCCAUUGCCGAUUUGGUUCGAAGCUUCGUUCACGUCAACUGCACCAUGCCCGUCAAGCUGGACGGCUUUCCGAAGAACAGAAAGUGGGGCAUGGGACUGGUCAUUGACGCUGAGAAGGGCCUUGUCGUCAUCUCCAGAGCCAUUGUGCCUUAUGACUUGUGCGAUGUCACCAUCACUAUCGCCGACUCAAUCAUCGUUGAGGGCAAGGUCGUCUUCCUCCAUCCUCUGCAGAAUUACUCAAUUGUGCAGUAUGACCCCAAGCUGGUCAAUGCGCCUGUUCAGAGUGCGAAGUUGAGCACGGAGAACAUCUCACAGGGAGCCUCGACAAACUUCAUGGGAUACAACCGGAUUGGAAAGAUCGUCCACGCCUCAACGACUGUUACCGAGGUCACUGCGGUUGCGAUCCCUGCCAACUCUGGCGCCCCCAGAUAUCGGGCCAUCAACGUCGAUGCCAUUACCGUCGACACAAGCUUGAGCAACCAGUGUGGCAGCGGUGUUCUCGUUGCGGAUGACGGCACUGUUCAGGCCCUCUGGCUUACUUACCUGGGCGAACGCUCGCAUUGCUCUAACCGGGACGAGGAGUAUCAUCUCGGGUUAGCCACGCCCACCCUACUCCCCGUCGUUUCUCAGAUCCAGCAAGGCCUGGUUCCCAAGCUGCGGAUGCUUUCUGUCGAGCUGAGGGCUAUUGGCAUGGCUCAAGCCCGGGUUAUGGGAGUAUCCGACGAGUGGAUUCACAAGGUUACCGAGGCCAACAAAACACACCACCAGCUUUUCAUGGUGAGCAAGCGGACGUUCGAGCGUGACCAACAAUCCGGUGCCCUGUUAGAAGGUGACAUCUUGCUCACCCUCAACGGCAAAGUCAUAACCAAGGUUUCCGAGCUGGAUGUCAUGUAUUCUCAAGACGUUCUGGACGCUGUUAUCGUCCGCGACUGCCAGGAGCUUCACAUCAAAGCUCAUACCGUGGCUGCCGAUGAUGUUGAGACUGACCAUGCCAUCUCGUUCUGCGGCGCCAUUCUGCACCGCCCCCACCACGCCGUCAGGCAACAAAUCAGCAAGUUGCACAGCGAGGUUUACGUCUCAGCUCGCACGCGGGGCUCACCCUCGUAUCAGUACGGCCUUGCGCCCACCAAUUUCAUCACCCACGUCAACGGCAAGUCGACGCCUGACCUGGAAUCCUUCCUUGCUACGGUCCAGAAGAUUCCAGACAACACCUACUUCCGCUUGAAGGCCGUCACAUUUGACAGCGUUCCGUGGGUCAUUACGAUGAAGAAGAACGAGCACUACUUCCCGACGAUGGAGUGGAUCAAAGAUCCCUCUGAGCCGUGCGGCUGGAGAAGAAAGACGUACGAGGGAGGCGAAGUGUUUGAAGGUGAGGGUCCUGACGGCGUGAUUACCAACACCGAGGACGCCGAGAUGGUUGACGACCCUGCUCCCAUUUGA